GAACUCCGCGGUGCUGGACCUUGUCAAUAUCGGAACGAAGGCAAACGUCCCAUCUCUUCCGUACCCCCCAACCAGAACAUCCUUGCCGUGGACCGGCCCCGGAAGCGCUUGCUCGUACAAGCCACCGUGAGGUGAAUGACAAGGCCGAGUCGUACAGAGUGCUUCAGUCAAUGACCAUUGCGCAGGCCUGAGCCGGCAACCCACCGCUGCCAGGAACCGCUCUGUGGAGUGAUUCCGUGAUUUCUUGGCAAGAUGGGACGGCCUCUGUCGACCACGGUGGUGGAUGAGGCUCAUCUACCAGUCGGCAGACACAGACUUUAUACCAACAACUGGACUGGGGAUGGGAAGGGUGUAGGCGAUGAUGGCGGAGCGAGUUUUUUUACAGGAUGGGAGCGGAAAUUGCAUAGCCAUUCGCAAAAGGAGGGGACUUUGCUCUGGCUGAGUGAAUUGGCGCCUUGGAUAGUGUUUGCAGGCGGACGGAGCAAGCAACACCAGCGAGUGUGUGAUUUUCUUGUUUGUCGAUGCCGGGUCUGUGGCUACACUACAGAAGCUGCAUUCGGCCAGUCAGCAAACCGUCGGACAGUGGCAAGGGGUCUGUCUUAUAUGGGCAAGACAGCGAGACCCGAGACACGGGAGAAGGCUGGCUGCCAAACCUGCAUCAAGUUUCUUUUCUGUCUUCUGGGCCGACGACGAUGCGUCCACAACCCUCGGUACGGUCACGUCACUAGACGGCUCGGUACCCAGGUACCUACCUAGUGAGCUUGGGCAGCAGUUGGUUCGUUGGUUUGGUACGGAUUCAUUCGACGGCAGAGGGACGAUUUCCAGCCAAGGGCAGCAAGCAUCAGUCGUCGCGCGGGCUCAGGGACUCCGGUGCAGUGUCCUGCAGGUCCAGUGGG